AUGCUGAAGACGUGGUGCCUGGCAGUUCUGUGUAGCUAUGUGGUGCUUGCUGGCGCUCAAACCAAUACAGUGCUCAGGCUGAACAAAGAGGUACUUAGCAAAGCCAUUUCUGGUACCCUGGAGCAAGGAGAUGCUCUACGAUCAGCCCUGAGAGAGGUUCCACUUAAUGGCAAUGGUGGGGGCCCUCUGCUUGGGGGCCUUCUUGGUGGAGGAGGUGGAGGUGGUGGUGGAGGUGGCCUGCUGGGGGGCCUGCUUGGUGGUGGGGGAGGUGGAGGCAAUGAUGAUCUGUUGGGUGGAGUUGGAGGAGGUCUGUUGUCUGGUGGUGGUAGCAGUGGUGGUGGUCUGUUGGGUGGCAGUGGUGGUGGUAGUGGUGGUGGGCUGUUGGGUGGUGGCCGACACCGUUAUGAUGACUAUAGACGUGCUGAAAUUCCUCGAGGUGUUGGUGGUGUUCCCUACAAUGACUUCCACCUUCGAGAGAACCCCCCGAAAUAUACCAAUGGCAAGCAACUUGGAGGAAAUUAUAAAUAUGGCCUCAUUGAGUCCAACGAAAACAGCGCUCAGCUUGGAGGCAAAUACAGAUAUGGUGAAAUAUUAGAAACAGAUGGGAGCAUCAGGGAUCUUCGAAACGUCAAUAAUGCAUAUGGAGGUGAUAAAUACCAUGGCGGUGCUAAAUUCCGUAGCGGUCGUACUUCUAGGUCUGCUGAAGUUCCAGCUGGUAGAAAUCAAUAUCGUGAACUGCGUCCUGGAGAGAUUCCUCCUGGUGUGGCCACUGGGGCUCUAGGCCCAGGAGGCCUAUUGGGUACAGGAGGGAUGCUGGCUGCAGAUGGCAUCCUGGCUGGACAGGGAGGUUUGCUUGGUGGUGGUGGUCUUCUGGGAGAUGGAGGCCUUCUUGGAGGAGGAGGUGUCCUUGGUGUCCUUGGCGAAGGUGGCAUCCUCAGCACUGUCCAGGGAAUCACAGGGUUGAGAAUUGUGGAGCUCACGCUGCCCAGAGUGUCUGUGAGGCUCCUGCCUGGUGUGGGAGUUUACCUGAGCUUGUACACUCGAGUGGCCAUCAAUGGCAAGAGUCUCAUCGGCUUCCUGGACAUUGCUGUAGAAGUGAAUAUCACUGCCAAAGUCCGGCUGACCAUGGACCGGACAGGCUAUCCCCGGUUGGUCAUCGAGAGAUGUGACACCCUUUUGGGAGGCAUCAAAGUCAAACUCCUUCGGGGCUUGCUCCCUAAUCUUGUGGAUAACUUAGUAAACAGGGUCCUGGCCAAUGUUCUUCCUGACUUGCUCUGUCCAAUUGUGGAUGUCGUGCUGGGGCUCGUCAAUGACCAGCUGGGUCUUGUGGAUUCUUUGAUACCACUCGGUAUAUUAGGAAGUGUUCAGUAUACUUUUUCAAGUCUUCCACUGGUGACUGGCGAAUUCCUGGAGCUGGACCUAAAUACUCUUGUUGGAGAGGCUGGUGGAGGUCUGAUCGACUAUCCAUUGGGCAGACCAGCCAAUAUGCCAAGGCCUCAGAUGCCAGAAUUACCACCCAUGGGUGACUCGACCAAUUCCCAACUUGCAAUUUCUGCCAACUUCCUGGGCUCGGUGUUGGCUCUCCUGCAGAAGCAAGGUGCGCUGGAUAUAGAUAUCACUGAUGGCAUGUUUCCUGAGCUCCCUCCUCUAACCACAUCCACUCUGGGGGCACUGAUCCCUAAAGUUUUCCAGCAGUAUCCUGAGUCACGCCCAUUAACCAUCAGAAUUCAGGUCCCCAAUCCUCCUGAUGUCUCUUUACAAAAAGAUCAGGCUGUGGUGACAGUCUUUGCCACUUCAGAAGUCAUGGUGUCCCAGCCAAACGAUGUGGAAACUACCAUCUGUCUUCUUGAUGUGGAUGCUCAACUCUUGGCCUUGUUUUCUGUGGAAGGUGAUAAGCUUAUGAUUGAUGCCAAGUUGGACCAGACAACACUAACCUUGAAAACUUCAAAUGUGGGCAAUUUUGAUGUCGGCUUGAUGGAAGUGCUGGUCGGCAAGAUUUUUGAUCUUGCGUUCAUGCCAGCGAUGAAUGCUGUGCUAGGCUCUGGAGUCCCUCUCCCCAAAAUAUUGAACAUUGACUUCAGCAAUGCCGAUAUUGACGUCUUGGAGGACCUCCUUGUGCUGAGUGCGUGAGUCCCAGAAGGCCAAGGCAUGGAACUCUAAGCUCCCCUCUCCACCUACAAGUUGGUACUCUAUCGUUGGGAACAGCACUGCCUAGAAGAAGGAAGGACCAUAUUCUCCUUCACUGUUACCUUACAGAGAUGAUGCUUGCCCAUGCUUCUUCCCCAAGACACCUGUCACCAAAGGCUGGAAUGACUGAAAGAAACUUAGGAGUCUUUGUACCCAUGGUUUACUGCAAAGCAAUUGAAUUUCCCAGGUUGCUGAACUGAGGUCAAGACCAGCCAGAAGGCCAUCACCAGGGGCUGUGGAGAGGAGGAAUCCUGGAUGUUCUGAACAUUGUUUGUUGUUCAUAUUUCUCUUUCAAUAAAAGAUUCCCCUUUCUCUGCACUUCAGAUAGGGGUGAGU